CCAGGCACGCCUCUGUUGGGACUUCUGCUAACACACUGCAGGCUACAGCAAGUCUGUUCUUGCGAACGUCCAAGAUUCCGGCUCGCUUAUACUGCCAGUGGAAGCCCUGUACGCGCAUGAAUUUCGAUCUCCGAUCGACUGAGCUCUGAUCAAGCCUCCCGAUAUCACCGACUGACCCCUCCACAUCCCCGCGUACCGCUCCGACACCACGCACGAACUCCCUUCGCGCUACAGUCACCCUCGUUCAACCCGGAGUUCUCUUAACCCGCUUAUCCCAUCUACAUCUUAGAACAGUGCACCCACCAUGUCCGGCUGGGGUCUCGGCUGGUUCGGCGGAGGGAGCCAGAAGCAAAAGGAUGCGCCGAAGAAGGCCAUCCUCCAGCUGCGGGCACAGCUUGAGAUGCUAAAUAAGCGCGAGAAACACCUCCAGCUCCAGGCGGACGAGCAAGAUGCGCUGGCCAGGAAAUAUGUGUCGACGAACAAGGCUGCCGCAAAGACCGCGUUACGCCGGAAGAAGCAAUUUGAACAUUCGCUCGAACAGACGGCCGCGCAGAUCAUGACCUUGGAGCGCGAGAUUUACUCGAUCGAAACCGCCAAUAUCAACAGGGAGACGCUGGAAGCGAUGAGGAAUGCGGGGCAGGCGAUGAAGCAAAUCCACGCGACACUUACGCCAGAGAAGGUGGAAGAUAUCAUGGAGGGACUCCGAGAACAGCACGACAUCGGACAGGAGAUCUCAGACGCCAUAACACAAGGAGUUGGAAACAACCUUGUCGACGAAGACGAGCUCGACCAAGAACUCGCGGAGCUGCAGCAGGAGAAGCUGGACGAGCAGAUGCUCAAAACCGGCACCAUCCCAGUUGGUGACAAGGUUGACCGCCUGCCGGCGGCAGCACAGCACGAACCGAAGGGCAAGGCGCGGGUGGAAGAGGAUGACGAGGAAGAAGAGCUGCGGAGACUGCAAGCGGAAAUGGCCAUGUAGUUCAUCCGGUUGGCGAUGCUGUGCGUAGGAUACAUAGACUAAUCGCAUGUGGAGGAAGGGAACGGCUGUGAUUAGUGUGGAGCGGGGUAUGGAUAUACCCAGGGAGACUUUAGGCGUAGGCGUAUGGCAUUACCGGUCGGGCGACUGCACUUUUCUGGGGUUUUCUGCGUUUCUCCCUGCGUUUCUACGACAUACAUCUCCCGAUGUUGCUUGCAAUAUCAGUUUCACCUGCUGAGAUGCCUGUGCGUAUUACUAUACAUCUUUCUAUUCCGGAGGCUUUCUUUUGUGUUGCCGUUGUCUUUCUGCGCCGAACAAAUCUGAUUAACAUCUGGGAAUGUAGAGAAACCUCUCUUCACCUUGAGUGAUACGUGGAUCCAAAGUAGGAAUGCUGACAGUUUGGAUAACGGAUUAGUACCUCUGAUAUAUCUUAAGAAGCAAG